GAUCAGCAUUUUUACCAGCACCUGAAGUUGAUGUUGGUGUAGUAACUUUCACACCUUUGAAAGAGCCUUUGAUUAAAUGUCCUUUUCCAUUAGUAGAAAAAGUUAAUCGGACUCUGUUUCACACGAGACAGAAAAUGUGUAAACACACUGUGAAAUUGUUAUUUCCAAAAAACAGACAGCAGUUGUUGAAUGAAGUUUUUCGUCAGACAGGAAUUGAUCCAGAAACGCCUCCAUUUAAAUUAACUAAUGAAGAAAUUGGUCAAAUCUGUAUGUUAUAUGAGCAGUUUUGUAAUGAAUAUUCAGAUAUUAGAGAUUAUAAUUUUAGAUGAAAUUAUUUAAUAUAUAAGAAUCAUUUUGUAUAAAUUGUUAUAUAUUGUAUAAUAAACUACAAUAAUUU